AAAGCGCACGUGGGUAGAAAUUUUUAACCCCUUUCCAACUAUAAAAGCUUAACAUUAACAUGGUGAAAACUUGAGGGAUCGUCAUUAUGUAUACGUACAAGACACAAAAGACACUAGCCCAAAAGAAGAAGCAAGCUAUUAGGAGACUCUCACAAACUGGAAGAACUAGAACAUUAAGCUCCUCCUCCUCCUCAAAGCAAAGUUCCAAGACUGAAGCUGCUCCUGGUGCCAAUCCUUUCCUUGCUGCUCUUCAGACAAUAGCUCCAGUUUCCUCCUCCUCCUCCUCCUCUUCUCAUAAAAAUGUCUUUUUUGAGCAACAAGCUGCAGCUGCUUCUGAUGAUACUGCGAAAGAAGAUCAAAGCGGCACUCCUGAAGGUGUGGUAAUGACCAAUCGACCGUUGUCCUAUGCUGGAGCCGUGAAAUCAACAAUGAACAAGCCAAACGUUAAUCCUUUUGUACAGGCUUAUUCUGCCUCUGCCUCGUCUAAUCCUGGCCCCUCCUACUCUCACCCUGGCCCCGCCUCCUCUCACUCCCUUCAUUUGAAAGGUGUUCCUCAUCAUUUUAACAAUAAAGAGUUUCUCUGGCGCCAUUUUGAAAAGUUUGGUCCUCUAAGAGAGAUCAAUUGUCAUCCGGAAAAGAAAUUUGCCGACAUUCACUUUACAACUCAAAGAGGAGCCAUUUUAGCAAAGUCCCACGGGAAGUACCUCUCUGACAAUGCUCCUCCUCUUUCCAUAUUUUGGUUCUCCGAUAAGACUAAGGGUCCUAGUGGUUCUGGUGGUGCUCCAGUCUCACAUGGACUUCAGUCUUUCAGUGCACAGCCAUCACCUUCUUCUUCACCUCACCAGAGGCCGACCCUAUCGCCAGCUAAAAGAGGAGAAGGGGGAGCACAAAUGCCGUCAUUAACGGCUGCUGGAACAACAAGAAAACGUAUACAUUACAGUCAUGAAGAACAGGAACAGGAAUAUGUUCCUACUUUAUUUGAUGUUGAAUACAACCAAGAGGAGGAGAGAGAAGACGAGGGUUUGGACGAAGGAGUACCAGAAGGCAAGGACAGCGUCUUAUCCGAAGAACCUUUGCCAGACGAUGAAUUUAAAAUGGACACCAUAGCUCGUGUACCAAAGCAUAAGUACUACCUACGCUCCAUUUAUCAACCUGAAAAAUCUACCGAUGGAGUCAAGGCUUCUUCUAGUGUGGAGAGGAAGGCUACUCCAGCUGUUCGUGUCCCGCCAUUAGCUGAUCCAAGGAAAGGUCAAAGUGCAAUUGAGAGAUUUGAAGCACUUGAUGCACGCGAUAAGGAAAUUAGAAAAAAUAUUGUAAAAGAUACGUCACUUUCUGCAAAAGCAAAGGUUGGCUGUUGUCCCGACAUGUGUCCUGAAAAGGAGCGAUACCAACGAGAAUAUCAAAGACGUUUGAGUAUGUUUGAAGUUGAUAAUAGCAUCGAAACAGAACCAGGUCAAGGUCCAAGGGUCAAUCACUCGUUAGCUAUAAAGGAGUAUAGUCGAUCAGCCGCUGAUAAGGACGAGCCGUUACCACAUGAACUCCGCCCACUUCCUAUACUGAUAAUGACCAUGGACCACAUUGUGACUGCUAUAAUGGACGCUGGUGAAGGUCACGUGUCUGAGUGGUACAAUUUUAUAUGGGAUAGAACAAGAGCCAUUACUACUGAUAUUACAUACCAACAGUUGUCUCACCCUCAUUGUGUGCACUUGAUAGAACAAUUCGCACGUUUCCAUAUCAUGUGUUCUCACAUUCUCUGUGAGGAGGAGGUGAGUGUGUUUGACCCUAAGAUGAAUGCCGAGACUUUAUCAAACCACUUGCAAUCACUGCACCAACUUUAUAAGGACCUCAGCCAGGAAAAGGGGAUAACAUGUAAAAAUGAAGCAGAGUUCUGUUGUUAUGACAUUCUUCUUCAUUUGAUGGAUGGAAAUGUAUUCAAUAAGGUUGAACAGUACAAUCAGUCCAUAAGACGUUCAAGUGAGGUCCAGUUUGCAAUCUCUGUUGUCCAGUCUGUGGAUAGCAAUAACUUUGUUCGUUUCUUCAAACUAGUCAAGAAAGCAAGCUACUUAUCAUCAUGUCUCCUUCAUUCAUACUUUGAUUUGAUAAGACUAAGAGCUCUAAAGACACUGAAUCAGUCUCAUUCUUCUGGUAAAUCUAACCCAAUGCAUUUCUCUUUGACAGACUUGACAAGAAUGCUGCAAUUUGGAUCUGAAGAUGAGGCUGCUGAUUUCUGUAGCUAUUUCGGUUUCAAUAUUAUAAAAGACAAGGUUCAGUUCCAGCGUGGCAGUGAGACUGAAGAAUAUGAUCCUGGAGCAGUCAAACUAAGAUAUGACAAUCAUUUACUAUCUUCCAAAGACGUUGACAAAAGCUAUGGAGAGAUUGUUUAUGGAGGCCCCCUCCCUCCUUGUCCUAACCACACCCCCACAUGUAGCUUUACUGGUUCAGGCGUUACUCAACAACCAGCUCCUAAAAUUAACGAAGAGGAGAUUAUUUCUGUUGUAACUGAUAUUACAAACACAGUUAUUAAUGAUGAACUGAAAGAGAUAUCAACAAAUCUUAUAAAACAAACUGAAAAGGAUGAGCUUGUUACUUCCAUCUCCAUAAAUACAGUGAAUGAGUUGAUGACACAAGUACUUGUAUCAUACUGUACUGAAAUAUCACAGGAAUUGCUAACCGAAUUAAUGAAAGAGAGAGACCUCAGAGAUCAGGAAGAAUUUAAAGCUAAACUAUGUUUAGAAAUUUCUAACGAGAUUCUCAUCAAUGCUUUGAGGGCGGAGUCUAGACUCGUUGCCACGGAAGCAAUAACGGAUGCAGUGUUGAGUUUUGAGGCCCUCAACAGGGCAGUUCAGUCCUUAGUCUCAGAGCUGGUGGAUAGCGUGUGUGUUAGUAUGACCAGAGAGACCGCUCAUGAGUGUAUGGCAAUAGCAAAGAAGGAGAGAAAUGAGAAACUGGCAGCAAAAAGAUUACAGCAUCAGAGAUGGAGACUGAAGCAAUAUUGGAUAAAGUGGAUCAGAUCUCUUAAAAGACGGCGUCACAUUCAUAUAUCCAUAAGCACGUUCCCUUCCACUGGCCCUCUCAUUCCUCUAUCCUCACAGUUGAAUCUACUUGUCAAAUCACCCACGAACCUCUCGUCCUCUCCUAAGAGAAGGAGACUAGAACAAUCAUCAUCUCUAGCAAAUCUGACAAGGGAAGACUUCAUUAGUUCCAUUAAUUAUUCAUCAUUAUUACCCUCCGGCCCCCACCGAACCAACAUUCACUGGAACUUGUUAUUAAUAAACGGAUCAGCCACACCUCUUGUGGGGGAGGAGCAUCAAUUAUUGUGGGAGUGGCUUGUAAAUAAAUUAGGGUAUGUUAAACAGCAGAAUGAAGAGCUGGAAAACGUUUGUUAUACACUUGCUAAUAAUGAGACGUUAAAAGUAUCAAUAAAAGUAUUAACUGUUGCUCAAUUAUCUACUAAUAUUAAUAUUAUCAACGAUGAUUUAAUAUCGACCGUCCUACUCUAUUUACCAUUGGUUACCUCACCACAGUGCUAUACGGAACAGGUGUUGGGUGUGGCCAAUGAUGUCGUACGAUUUUUGGUUCCAUUUGCUCAAGUGCCGCUAGUUAUUUUAACUCCUUCUCAACUUCAUUUCCUCCACCAAUUUCAUCUUAGCCAAGAGAUGGAGUUUUGCAACUGGCCGCUUUUUUCUAAGUUGCUUGUUCAUCCGUUAGUGGAAAAUAAUGACUGGAAACAAAACGAACAAAAAUUAUUCAGUCUUGUUGAAUGGUGUCUGAACUCCUCUCCUUCUCUCCCUCCUGUCCAGUGGAUGAGAGGAGAAAACUACAUCAAUGAAAUGAUAAAUGUGAAUGUUAUAAAGCCAUUACUAAGUGAUGCUCAAGUGAGAUCUGCUUCAGGUUUACCCUCUCAAAGUCCUGGUGUCAUAGUUGGACUGUACAACAGUGUCUUGGACUACUUGUCUCAAAAGAUUUUACUAAAACCUUCUCUGACCUCAUUACCAAUCACACUAAUCCAGUCACGUCCCGACACGCCUCCUUAUUGGGUUCCCUCUCAACCUGAUGCUGUUCAUAAGUUUCAGUCUAUCCUCGAGUCUUUGAGACUGCCACACCCACAGCCAAACCCACCACACAGAUCCUUAAAUGAUACUAGGGGAAGCUGUAUGGCCUAUGUACAAUCUGUCGACAACAACUUCUUUCUAAUAUCAAGAGUCAAGUCCCUAUUAUUAAGAGACAGUUCUGUCCCUUGGGAUCACAUACUACUGAUCUGUAUCCAGCAUCUUCUCUUAUGCUCAUCGGAUCCUUUGAAUAAAGUACUGGUAGGCAUGUCUCGUGUGAGACAGGAAGAGGCGGAGUUUAUCCCACCCACUGAAUGGAGGGCAGCUGUUGUGGAUAGUUUAACAGCUACCACUGGAGAAGGUGAGAGGCGAACCUCCAAUGAUGAAGGACAGGGUCUUAGAAAACGCCGAUUCAGUGAUCCCUCGUCUCAUUUCUCGUCUUCACCGAGAGAGCCAAAAGCUGUGCGUCUUAGUCUGGGCGGGGCUGACCCAGCCCAUUCUGAUCACAUGACUGGGUUUAAUGCUAGGCUGGAAUAUGAGAAAACAGCAACAAUGGAGUUUGACGAGCAGCUCCAGAGGUAUCUCUUAGAGCCUGAAGACAUUAGAGGUAGAAGGAAUGAUGAGAAUGAACAAGGAGGACAGCCAUUAUCAGUGCACAGCAAGCCACUGAGUGAAUGUAUUAACUCACUGGAAGAUGAAAUUAUGAAAUUGAGGUGGAGAGAGAAAUUAGAUCGAUUCUCAAUCAUAAAGAACACUUUCUAAAACAGCAUAACUUUCACAUGUAAUCAUAAUGAUUUUAUACACACAAUAAUAAUAAAAUGAUAGCAAUAAUUACUACAUGUAUUUCUAUGUACAUAAUAAAGUAUGGAUGUGGAGGUCAAUUUACAAUAAAGAAUAAUUGCAAUGACAGUUGAUCCUCUCUCAAA